UUCAGAUUUUUCAUUCUGCUAGAAUCGUAGACAUGAAGAGAUUCCAAUAACGAUUUCUGCAAUUGGUAUGGUUUGGAAAAUUGCGCUUAUUGCGCUUCUCUACUAUCCUCUUUCGAUUGGGCUUACCUUCUAUCAGAAAUGGUUUAUAAAGAAUUAUAAAUUGCCAUUGUUCGUUGUAUGUUGGCACUACAUUGUUAAAUGGCUUGCUGCCGUCGCCAUUCGUGCUGUGUACGAAUGUGUUCACAAGAAACGAAUUCGUCUCCAUCUCAAGGAGCAGCUCCGAUGGCUGGCACCUAUCGGAAUAUGUGCUUCACUAGACAUAGGACUGUCAAACUGGGCACUCGAGUAUGUGACUGUUAGUCUGUACACAAUGGCUAAGAGCAGCUCAAUCAUCUUCAUCGUUGCCUUCUCAUUGCUGCUGCGAGUGGAACGGUGGCGACCCGUACUUGGAUUGGAGACAGGACUUAUUGCAGUUGGCUUGUUCUUAUUCACGUGGCAUUCAUCUCAGCUUGACCUCACAGGACUGCUUCUUGUAGAGCUUGCCGCAUCAUGUACAGGAGUGCGGUGGACGGUAUCGCAAUUGGUUAUGCAAAGAGAGGAGCAAGCACUGAGUCAUCCUCUAGAUAUGGUCGCACAUGUUCAACCUUGGAUGUUGAUUCCCAUUGUACCUCUCAUAAUCACGUUUGAAGGAAGUGAACUUUCUUACGACACUGUUCUGUACUAUAAGCAACAAUAUGCUCCUGUUCAAGUUGCAUUGUUGAUAGUUUGUGGAGGAUUGUUAGCUUUUUGUAUGGAAAUGUCAGAGUAUCUCUUGUUAGUCAACACAUCUGGAAUCACACUAAAUAUAUUCGGAAUAGUGAAGGAAGUUGCCACCUUACUUCUUGCACACCUUCUGAACAACGACCAUCUAUCUACGGUGAAUGUAGCUGGUUUAGUCUUGUGUUUAUGUGGAAUGACUUUACACGGCAUGUCACGGAGAAGACAAAGACCCAAAUACGAUGCAGGUCAUAAGAGCAAUAUCCUCAAAGAGACUGUAUUCUAGAUCUCGCCCAAGCAGUCCACAAGAUGAUUCUAGUAGAAAACUACUUAUGGUGGAUGAUAUUGAAAGCUAGAUUAGGCUGCUGGAAAGGUGACUGGAAGGAUGCUUCAUCUUCAUCACGGAGUUCGUCAUACAGUUCACUCCAUCAGUUUCAUGGUGCGUUGGAUUCCUGUGCUUCGACCAUCUAUAAGCUUCCUCUUUUUUGUUGUCGAAAUGAUUUCCUAUCAAAUUAGUCUGUGAUAUACAUUAAUCAUUUUCUAUUAAUUUGUCACAAAUUUCUUUUUCUGAGCUCUUGAUUAGUUUGUAAGUCGGAUGUAGCGCAUCAUUUAUACGUGUACAACUUUGAAAAAUG